UUUCUGUGAUUGUUGCUUCCCAGCUGUAUCUCUGGACACUUGUGGUGUCUUCUCACGUAGUCUCUUCUCUUCUCCUCCCCUCCCAUAAUUUUACUUCUCACCUUCCACGAAUAAUAAUCACCCUUCUGUCUCUCUCUCUCUCUCAUACACUUUUUAUAAUAAAGGUUUUUCAACUUAUAUAUUUUUCCCAUGAAGUGAUCCCAGAGUAAAUUAGAGCCUACUGCUUUGUUUCUUGUCCCGGAUUUCAUAAUUGAUAAUUAAUUAAUUAAUUUCACCAACUUGUUGGCUUUUUUAGAUCUAUAAAUUCCCCGCUUGAAUUGCAUAGAAUCCUCUCUUCCACUCUCUCCCUCUUUCCUAUCACACUUUCUAGAUAGCUAGCCAACCAGAGUAAGAUCUAAAGAUAUUUCUUAUAUAUCCUAUGGUCCGAGAGUGCCCUUGUUCUGCGCCAACCCUUUCUUCCACAUCUUGCGUUUCAACCUCUUCCUCUCUUGAGUCCCCUUAUCAUCAAAUACCCUUCUUCUUCAACCUCCACCAAAUUCAACCCCCACAUAACAAAUCUCCUCCCAUCCCAUUUUUCAGCACCAAAGUUUGAAACUUUUCUCAAUUGGGUUGUAGAGAGUUUGACUCAUCAAUUUUUAUUUUUUUAUUUUUAUUUUCUCUAACCAAGUAGAAGUGCAAUAAUUAAAUGUCCAACAUCUUCUUGUUGUUGAUGUUUGAGAUUCAUGUAUCCGAUUCUCAGUGAAAUCUUCUUUUCCGGGUGUAUGAUCAAUUCCACUGUUAGGCGCAGGACCCAUUUAGUUCAAUCCUUCUCAGUUGCCUUCCUCUAUUGGUUGUACUACGUUUCAUGAUUUCUAACCCUUCCUUAGCUUAAUAAUCAUCUAUCUAAAAUAUCAUAAUAUCUUCUACUAGCUAGUUUUAUUUUUAUUAUCACAAUAAAAUCUAUCUGCAAUAUAUUGUUAUUUUUAUUUUCUGAGAAAUUUGUGUCUAGUUAUAAGUGUCUGGGUCCUGGUCCUGCCUAUUGUGUCAAUUAAAUUGAGAAGGGUUGUAUUGUAUUGAAUCAUAUAUCGUAUCAUAUAAACAUGGCUUGUUCAAGUGGAACAUCUUCAGGGUCAUUAUCUCUGCUUCAGAACUCUGGUUCUGAGGAAGAUUUGCAGGCGAUGAUGGAAGAUCAGAGAAAGAGGAAGAGAAUGAUAUCAAACCGCGAAUCUGCACGCCGAUCUCGCAUGAGGAAGCAGAAGCACUUGGACGAUCUUGUUUCCCAAGUGGCUCAGCUCAGAAAAGAGAACCAACAAAUACUCACAAGCGUCAACAUCACCACGCAACAGUACUUAAGCGUUGAGGCUGAGAACUCGGUGCUUAGGGCUCAGGUGGGUGAGUUGAGUCACAGGUUGGAGUCUCUGAACGAGAUCGUUGACGUGUUGAAUGCCACCACCACUGUGGCGGGUUUUGGAGCAGCAGCAUCGAGCACCUUCGUUGAGCCAAUGAAUAAUAAUAAUAAUAGCUUCUUCAACUUCAACCCGUUGAAUAUGGGGUAUCUGAACCAGCCUAUUAUGGCUUCUGCAGACAUAUUGCAGUAUUGAUUGAGAUGCUUCAUCUCUGAGAUUUGAUGAGGAUUUCUUCUUCUUCUUCUUCUGGGUUUGAGUCUGUCGAGAAAUUGUAAUCACUACCAUAUGAUGGUGAUAAGGAAUAAUAUUAAUAAUGAAUGUGUAUCAUAAAAACGGGUGGGAUUGUUAAUGUUAGGUGCUGGUUCCGUAAAUGGGGCAUGGGGCAUGGGCCAUUACUGUAAUUUGUCACCCUCCUUUCCUAUAUAAUAAUAAUAAUAAUAAUAAUAAUACUGACCUCUCUAUGUUAUUAUUCUCCCAA